AUGUAUCGAAUUCUUAUAGAGCAAAGAGCUUAUGGGAUGUUUUUUGCUGUGGAGCCAGAAUCUGCGUCUCUUCAAAUUUUGAUUGAAAGAGUAGCAGCAGUUGGAAACAUUCAUGAGAUAGAAAGAGUUAACAAUGCAUAUGCUCACAUUUCAGGACCAUAUGGGAUUUUUUUACUCAGCGGUAUGUUGAAUCAGCAAGUGUACCCUAAAAGAUUUAUUGAGCUUUAUGGUUUCCGCCAUGCUCAUAAUAUCCUUGACUGGGUAAGCUCAUUUACUUUUUAA